UCUAUGAUAGCUUCUCUGCCCUGAAGCUAGAUUAUGAAACUGCCAGGAAGGCGCCCCUUUCCCGCGCCUUUUUAGUAGUCCCAAGACGGAACGAGGCCACCAGGUCUGCAACUGCUGUGUCGGGGAGGUGCAGUCAGGGCCACAGGAGAACAGGGAUUGAACAGAAUGACCUCUGAGAAGAAGUCAAAGAACAAGAAAUGGUUGAAAACACUUGAGACUCCUUCAGAAAAGGAAGCAAAAUCUACUGGGAAAAGGAAACGAGAUAAUGGGGAACUGGAAAAUGAGCCACAACCAAAGAAAUUACUUGUGAGAAAGAUCUCCAAGCUUCCAGAGAAAACUGGGCAAACUUUCCGUAGGUCCAUAAUUGGAAACAAAGGAGUGCUCUUCCGUCAGCGAGAGAUGCAGAGGAGUAUUGUCCAUUAUGUCUACCAGAAUGUGCUGGGUUCUUCUAUUGGGGCACCGCUGAAGAAGUGUCUCCAGAUGCCUUUUACGCGUUCUCUCAACUCAUACUGCUUGUUCCGAACAGCAAGUCCCUUUGAUAGGAGAGUUACGUGUUUGGAGUGGCAUCCAACCCAUCCCAGCACAGUUGCUGUGGGCUCCAAAGGAGGUGAUAUCAUCCUGUGGGACUAUGAAGUGCUUAAUAAAAUCUGCUUCAUAAAAGGGAUGGGAGCUGGAGGGGCCAUCACAGGAAUGAAGUUUAACCCUUUUAAUCCUAGUGAGCUGUAUACAUCAUCAGUUGCUGGAACUACUGUCCUCCAGGAUUUUAAUGGGAAUACAAUCCGGGUCUUCACCAGUACUGACGACUGGGAUUUCUGGUACUGCAGUGUAGAUGUAUCUGCAAUUUGCCGGAAUGUGGUGACCGGUGAUAAUGUGGGUAAUGUCGUCCUACUCAGUACCGAGGGUGAAAAGAUAUGGAGCCUGAAACUGCACAAAAGGAAAGUAACUCAUGUGGAGUUUAAUUCUAGCUGUGAUUGGCUUUUGGCUACUGCCUCUGUGGAUCAAACUGUUAAAAUCUGGGAUUUGAGAAACAUUAAAGAUAAGUUGUGUUAUCUUCAUGCACUUCCUCAUGAUAAAGCUGUUAAUGCAGCUUAUUUCAGCCCAACAAAUGGUUCUAAGCUACUGACUACUGACCAACACAGUGAAAUCCGGAUUUAUUCCUCUUCUGAUUGGUCCAAACCACAGCAUCUGAUUCCACACCCCCAUCGACAAUUUCAGCACCUCACACCUAUCAAGGCAACAUGGCAUCCUCGUUAUGACCUCAUUGUAGCUGGUCGUUAUCCAGAUCCUAAGUUUCCAGGAUACACAGUGGAUGAGCUACGCACGGUUGACAUAUUUGAUGGAGACAGUGGGGAAAUGAUGUGCCAACUGUAUGAUCCAAAUGCCUCUGGCAUUAUUUCGCUGAAUAAGUUUAACCCUAUGGGAGACACACUAGCCUCUGGAAUGGGUUUUAAUAUUCUAAUCUGGAGCCGGGAGGAAAUGGUAACCAGAAAACGGAAGUGUCUCAUGCAAGCUAUGAAAGAGCAAGGAAUUGGACGCAGGAGUUUAUCUCAGCAAAGAGGACAGAGACAAUCAAACAUUGGAACAAACAGACUCAAAAGUAAACUACUCAGUCUGGAUUUAGAAGGAUGCCAAACAAAGGGCAAAGGACGCACAUUACAUAAGAAACAAAAAGGAAAGGAUUCAGAGGACUGACCAGGCAAGCAUUUGUAGUGCUGAUUAGAGUACAGUCUGUGCUGGACAACAGUGGACAGUGGCUUCAAAGUGAAAGAACCCUUUAGUCCAUUUCCCCAGUUCUGAUGGCGACUGCUGUGUUCGAAGAGCAAUGUGUGUUUGUUUGACCAGCAGUAGUAGGACCACAAGGGGUGCCACUUUUGAGCAGAGUUGCUGAUUUUUAAUUGUCUGAGAUACACUAUAAAUCAGAGAACUAGGGUAUGCUGACAGCACAGUUUGUAUUUUCAGAACUGGCUCUCUUCCCUACAGUAUAUUGAGCAACCUGGGUGUUUUCCCCUCCCAUGCUGGGCUCAAAAUACAGGACUUUUCUUCAAAGAGGAACAUGAAGAUUAUUUCCUACCACCCCUUCCUCAAACAGGCAUGGCUUGAGUCUGUUGUUAACACAGAGGCAGUUGCUUGAAAGUUAGCUAUUGUUAUAAAACUACUUGGGUCGUGGGCAUAUAAGUACAGAGCUAUUUAGAAGUGACUGGCAGAGGCCAAGGAAGAUGGCUGUAAGGGUGUAUGCUGCAGCUGCUGUUAGCGGGAGUUUCUUAUUUCUGCUCUUGUUCAGUUUAUGCUCACAAUAUUGAAUGUUAAAUAAAGUUUUGUAUAAAAUAAAGUGUUAUACCAAUGA